CAUCUCUCUUUCACCACCAAACCAACAUCUGCAAAUCUUCUCUCUCUCUCACUCCAAGAAACCAAAAAAAAAAUGUCAGUCAACCAUUACCACAACACUCUCUCGUUGCAUCAACACCACCAAAACGACGUAGCCGCCAUAGCACAAAGAGAGUCUUUGUUCGAGAAAUCACUCACACCAAGCGACGUCGGAAAGCUAAACCGCUUAGUCAUACCAAAACAACACGCCGAGAAAUACUUCCCUCUCAAUAAUAAUGGCGGCGGCGGCGAUGACGUGGCGACGACUGAGAAAGGGAUGCUUCUUAGCUUCGAGGAUGAGUCAGGCAAGUGUUGGAAAUUCAGAUACUCUUAUUGGAACAGUAGCCAAAGCUACGUGUUGACCAAAGGAUGGAGCAGGUACGUCAAAGACAAACACCUCGACGCAGGCGACGUGGUUUUCUUUCAACGUCACCGUUUUGAUCUCCAUAGACUCUUCAUUGGCUGGCGGAGACGCGGUGAAGCUUCUUCCUCUCCCGCCGUCUCCGCCGUGUCUCAAGAAGCUUUAGUUAAUACGACGGCGUAUUGGAGCGGCUUGACCACACCUUAUCGUCAAGUACACGCGUCAACUACUUACCCUAAUAUUCACCAAGAGUAUUCACACUAUGGCGCCGUCGCUGAUCAGGCUCAGUCGAUACCACCGGUGGUCACAGGGAGUUCGAGGACGGUGAGGCUAUUUGGCGUGAACCUCGAAUGUCACGUUGAUGCCGUCGAGCCACCACCGCGUCCAGACGGCUAUAAUGGCCAACACAUUUACUAUUACUCAACUCCUCAUCCCAUGAAUAUAUCAUUUGCUGGGGAAGCAUUGGAGCAGAGAAAGAGGGAGAGAGAUUGCAUCUUAUGCGACAUGGAUCAUCAUCAAGAAUCGAAUCCGCUGAAGGAGCUUUUCUCUCUAUCUUCGUCUCCUUUCUUCUCAACCUUGAAGAUCAAGAAACCUAUAUUUGUCGGGAUCUCUCUUCUCAUUGGCUUCCUAAUAUUCUCUGUUAUCGUCAUCGAUCUUGUCGGCUUCGAGCCUCGUCUCUGUUUUGGAUUCUUAUCUUUGUCCCGAACCCUAACGAAGGAAAGAGGAAACGACGACGUAUGCGACUAUUCACACGGAAGAUGGGUUCGUCGACGCCGUGAUGUGGACGAAACCUCUUAUUAUGGAGAAGAGUGUCGGUUUCUGGAUCCUGGUUUUCGUUGUCUGAAUAAUGGACGAAAAGAUUCUGGUUUUCGACAAUGGCGAUGGCAACCACAUGGCUGCGAUCUUCCACGAUUUAACGCAAGUGAUUUUCUGGAGAGAAGUCGGAAUGGGAGGAUUGUGUUCGUUGGAGAUUCUAUCGGAAGAAACCAAUGGGAAUCUCUUAUGUGUAUGCUGUCACAAGCAGUGUCUAAUAAAUCUGAGAUAUAUGAAGUUAAUGGGAACCCUAUAAGCAAGCAUAAGGGUUUCCUUUCUAUGCGAUUUCCGGAACAAAACCUGACUGUUGAAUAUCAUAGAACACCGUUUCUGGUUGUGGUUGGUCGGCCACCUGAGAACUCAUCGGUAGAUGUCAAAAUGACGGUUAGAGUCGAUGAGUUUAACUGGCAGUCCAAAAAGUGGGUCGGGUCUGAUGUUCUUGUCUUCAAUACAGGACAUUGGUGGAACGAAGACAAGACCUUUAAUGCGGGCUGCUAUUUUCAAGAGGGAGGGAAAUUGAACAAGACAAUGAGAGUAAUGGAGGGAUUUGGGAAGUCUUUAAAGACAUGGAAGUCAUGGGUUUUAGAGAGACUAGAUUCUGAGAGGAGUUAUGUCUUCUUCAGAAGCUUCUCUCCUGUACACUACAGGAACGGGACAUGGAACUUGGGUGGUUUGUGUGAUGCAGAGACAGAGCCAGAGACUGAUAUGAAGAAGAUGGAACCUGAUCCUAUCCACAACAAUUAUAUUUCUCAAGAAAGAUGCUCAUCCUUCACGGUAUCGAGAACCGGGAACUCCUGAAGAUGCUCCUCAAGACUGCAGUCACUGGUGCUUACCCGGUGUACCUGACACAUGGAAUGAGAUUCUCUAUGCGCAGCUUUUGGCAAUGAAUUACCGAACAAAAU